AUGCAGAAUAGGAACGUAGACAGAUUGUGGAUUUUUUCGAAUACUGCCAAGAAGAUAUAUCAGACCAAUGUUCUAGGAGAGACUUUGCACUCAAUUGACGUUGAUCCCGAAUGGCAAAUAGCAGGAAUAUGCGUUACCCGCGAAGAGGAACUUCUCGUCUGUUGCAAGGGCGACCGGACGAUCAAGAAAUGCACGAAAAGUGGAUCCGUUAUUGACUUGAUUAACUUGGCUCCUUUAAAACCAAUAUCUGUUUGCACUUCAUGGUCAACAGGAGAAAUUCUCGUUGGGGCUAUCGAUGGUUCCAUUUCUGACGAAGAUGCUUUCGCCACCUCAACAGGACGUAGGGUUGUUUUCAAAUACACACAAUCUGGUGAAAAGACAGUUGAAAUACAGUUCGAGUCCCUUGGCGUGCCUCUUUUUACUGUCCCAUGGAAAAUCCAAGUUGGAACAAAUGGAGACAUUGCCGUCUGCAACAUGAAAAGUGAAAAGGAAGGUGAGAUUAUCCUUCUCGAUAAGUAUGGUCGACUGAAGUUCCGGUAUCGCGGUAAUGAAUCAAAUAUGGACGAAAAGACCACAAAGUUUUGUCCUGUUGGACUUUGUUUUGAUGACAAAAGUAAUGUUGUGGUGAGUGAAGCCCAUUCAUAUUCCGUGCAGCUGAUAGACACUGAGGGUAAGUUUCUGGGUACCCUCUACAGAAAUAGACGGUAUCCUCCCACCGAUAUUGUGAGGGGCUGCAAUGGAGAUCUGAUGGUUGGUUGCUCUCAAGGCAAAGUGCACAUCCUGAAAAGUAACUGA